UCGUCUCGUCUACUGCCGCCGCCGCUUGCUCGCCACCAAUUCAUCGGCGGUGAUAUUGGUAGCACAUUAGAGGGUGUGCUGCUGCUGAGAGGAGGGGGCAGACCCGGCCGGGAGAUCGAUGUUGGUGGGAAUGGAGGGGGAGGCGAUGGCGGCGGCGAGCUCGGGAUGCAGCAGCGGCUGCCAGUCCGGCUGGACCACCUACCUGGACGAUCACUCGUCCUACUCCUACGGGACCGCCCGGUUCCACGGCAAGGCGCAGCAGCCGUACUACCACUGCGACUACUCGGAGGACGCGGAGGAGGACGACCUGUCCAUGAUCUCCGACGCCUCCUCCGGCCCACGCCAGCAGUACUCCACCGGCAACGACGAGUCCGUCGCCGCCACCGCCGCCGCCGCACAUGCCAAUGCGGCCGGGAGGAGAGGCAGGCGGAUGGAGCCCACCGCCAGGCGGCAGAGCAAGACGGCUGCCGGCGCAUCUCUUCUCGAGGACACGGCCAGCUCGCCGGCGUUCUUCAAGUACACCAAUGCCUCCGCUGAGGGCAAUGGCUAUGGCUAUGGCGGAGCAGCCUCACCAGUGAUGGAGAUGGGCAAUGCGGCCGACUUCUCCUGCGCCUUGUCCGCCACGACGGGCUUCGAGAGUCCGUUGAACGGGAUUCCCCUGAGCGGUUACAUGCAAAUGCAGUACUCCUACUCCACUACACCUGUCAAUGCGAUCCCCGCAAGACAGGCGCGCAGAGGUGGGGCUGAGAAGAAGAGGCGGUGACUCGAGAGGAGCUGUUGCUGUUGAUGAUCUCGUAUCGUAUGGUGGUGUUCCUGGCCUGUGCAGUGUGUGCGCGCACUGCUCUGCUCUUCUCUGUUCCGUUCCGUUCCUGGGAGAAAGAGGCCGAUAUGGGCAGCUAGGUAGAAUGAGUUUGCAAAUCUUGAGAUCCCCGAGAGAUGAUUACUGCAUUGAUCCACCAUCUGUCUGUCUCCCUCUCUCCUCUGUUCUGUCUGUCACUCUCUCUUCGCUCUGUUUCACUAUGACUGUCCGUCUGUCCCUGUUACUCCCCCAGCUGCAGUUAGUAUUCUACUUUUUAGCUGUCAAUGCAGUGGGAAACAACCACCUGAGGCAAAACAAGGCAACGUGAAAUCCAAUCCUUUUUGCACCGGAUUUGCUGUUU